GCGGUGGGUUUAUUAAUAACAUUGAAAUCCUAGAAUAUCCGGAAAUUCAGGCUAUGAUCUAUACUGAGGCCAUCGAAAAGCAAAGGAAAACGAAACCCUGGCACUCUUUCACGCUGUAUUAAACGAAAUUCCGCUACCCUGACAUGUGAUAAUGACAGUUAAACAAACAUAACCUCGGUGAGGUCUGUUGAAAGUGUGAUUUUAAUUAGUUCCAAGGCAGUUUUGCACCAGGGUUUCAGUUGGUCCUCGUUGGAGAAGGCUCUGAACUCGGCGAAUCUCAGCAGCGGUUUUAAAUUGAGAACGGUUAAAGGGGGUGAAUUGUUAAUAAAAGGAAAAACUUACUGUGUCGUUGAAUUUCGCCGCCUGCGAUCUUGUAAAAAGAGCGCGAAAUUUGAAUAUGUAAAUAUGCUCUCGGCGAAGGCGCUGGGGCGACUGCUACUGCCUAAAAAUAAUUUUAAUUUCGUCUCGUCCACUACGGUGCGAUGCCUGUGCAAGGACGAAUCUCCGCUGAAGAAGCUGUUGGACGAUUCCGCCUCGUUCGAAGAUGCGAAGGCGCAAACACCGGAACAACAAUGGGCAACACUACCGUACCUCGAUGGCACUAAAAUACGGAGACAAGGGGAGGUCUUUCACAGGGAGAAGAUGGACCCCAGGGAUUCGAGCGUAAUUCUGUUCCCUGGUCAAGGCAGUCAAUUCGUCGGUAUGGCUAAAGAUCUGAUGAAGUUUCCAAUGGCCAAAGAUCUCUUUGAACUCGCCAACUAUAUCCUCAAGUAUGAUCUGCUGAAGAUGUGUCUGGAGGGUCCCAAAGAUCAGCUGGAUCAGACCAAAUACUGUCAGCCGGCUGUGAUUGUCACCUCUUUGGCGGCGCUGGAACGGCUCAAGGAGGAACGACCGAACGCUAUCGAGAAUUGUGUAGCGACUGCCGGUUUCAGUCUGGGCGAAAUCACGGCCCUGGUCUUCUCCGGUGCUUUAGAAUUUGAACAGGCCCUGAAGCUGGUCCAGCUACGCGGAGAGGCGAUGCAAAUGGCAAGCGACAGCACGAAAGGAGCCAUGGCCACGGUCUUCUACGGACCCGACAGCAAACUUAAUUUCGCCUGUCUUAAAGCCAAAGAGUGGGCAUUGGAUAAAGGGGCUGAGGUGGCCGAGUGUCGCAUAGCCAACUACCUGUUCCCGCAUUGUAAGGUCGUAGCAGGAAACGUCGAGGCAAUCGAAUUCCUGGAGAAAAACUCAUCUGAAUUCAAAUUGAAGAAAGUCCGGCGGCUUCCGGUGUGCGGGGCUUUCCACACUGACUUGAUGCUACCAGCAGUUCAACCUUUCAAAAGAGCCUUGAUGAAACUCAAGAUCUCCGAUCCCGUAAUUAGCGUUUACUCUAAUGUCGAUGGAAAGAAGUACAGAAACGCCGACCACAUCAAGAAACAAUUACCUAAACAGAUUGUAAAACCAGUGAAAUGGGAGCAACUGUUGCACGUGGUGUACGAACGAAACCCCGACGAUUAUUUCCCGCGAACGUUCGAAUGCGGUCCUGGAAAGUCCCUGAAGACGAUCCUCAAGCAGGUCAACGCGAAAGCCUGGAACAGCUGCUUCAGCAUCGAAGCUUAAUUAGAUAUUUAGGUGUUUGUAUAAAUAAGAAUAAACGUGUUUUUAUAAAGAUAU